AUGGGCCUCAAAUUCCCCUCGGCCACCCUCCGGCCCAGGGCCCUCAUUAACCUAGCCAUAUGGCUCCUCUCGUGCCUGCUCCACCCGACCUCCUACCUCGACGGCCUCCGCGGCUUGGCGGCCUGCGCCGUCUUCGCCUUCCACUACACCGACUACAACCAUAAAUCCUUCCUUCCCCACUACGGCGGCAACGGCGACGCCGGCUCCUCCCUCAUCCAGCUGCCCUUCCUCCGCCUCAUCUACUCGGGCGCCCCCAUGGUCCACGUCUUCUUCGUCAUCUCUGGCUUCGCCCUAUCCUGCCGGCCCCUGCAGGCCCUCUACGCCCGGCCCGCCAUCUCCACAGCGCCGUCUUCCUUUUCCUCCGCCGCCCCGACCUCCGCCGCCGUCGCCAAAUCCCUCGCCAUCCUCUCUUCCUCCGCCCUCCGCCGACCCAUCCGCCUACUCCUCGACCUCCUGCACGGGUUCAUGAAACCCAAGGACACCGUCUUCGAAGCCCUCUACGAGUGGGCCCACGACGCCCUCAAGAACCUCGCCUGGCCCUGGAACUUCGACGCCGGCUCCCUCCGCUCCCGCUACGACCCCCACCUCUGGACCAUCCCCAUCGAGCUGAGCCACUCCCUCUUCCUCUUUCUCGUCGCCGGCCGCUACGCCGUCCUCGUCUUCUCCCUCUUCAUCCUCUCCUACCCGCCCCGCCGCGAGGACAUGACCCCCGCCUACCUCUGGCUCGAGCGGUUCACCCUCUCCUCCUUCGUCAAGGAGAAGAGCGACCUCCCCUCCCGCUUCUGGCUCGCCCUCGCCGCCUUCGGCACCCUCCCCGUGCCCCAGUACGCCGGCCGCAUCAGCUUCUGCUUCUACCUCAUGCAGCACGCCGUCCUCAACAUGUUCCAGCACCACACCCUCGGCGCCACCGGCCGCCCCGCCUCCAAUAAGAACCCCGCCGAGCCGGCGUGGGGUGUUCGCGGCACCUUUGGCAACACCACUCCCGUCGAGCGCACAAUGACGUGGUUCGCGGGGCUGGCCAUCCUCGGCACUAUCCUCGUCAUCGUCUCGGACUUGGGUACCCGCGCCCUCGAUGCGCCGGCGGUGAAGUUGGCGAGGCGGGUGGAGGGGUAUCUGUGCCAUAGGGACGAGCCGAGGCGCAGUGCCGAUCAGGAAAAAUAA